CAUAAGUAUGUGUUUUUGCAGUAGAAAUAUAUUUAAAUGCUGCAAACAUCAUUCACAUCCAUUAGGAUAUGUCACAAUAUGUACAAAGUACUUCUGCUCAUUCUGCUUUUUCAAAAGAAUUCAACGGCGAACCCUGAUAGAUGUCAAGUCAAGAAACGUGAAUGUUAUGAUCCUGCUUCCCGUUUUUACUACGAUCCAAUGCAGAACAAAUGUGUGAGAUAUCUUUUAAGGGAGUGUGCGGACAAUUUGAAUUCCUUCCACAGUAGAAGUUUAUGCAAACAGCAGUGUGUAAAGAUUCUGAAACCAACUACAAGCACCACUCCUAAUGGCAAUGAAACUCAACUACCGAAUACCACUAGUGGUAUUUAUUUAAGUUUCUUCGAUCUCAUCCUGAUAAUCAUUUUGUCUGCUGUUGUCUGCGGCGUGUUCGUCGGGUUGAUAUAUUUACUUUAAUUAUUUCCUGCUCAACUGAAAUUCAUGACACUUUCAAACAAUUGCUAUCAAUUAUGUAGUAUGCACAAAUCUUUGCAAAUACCUGUUGACUUGUAAUGUUAAUUCCGUAAUUUAUUCAUAAACUCUUGUUCACUUAUAAUGAAAAUAAGUU